AUGAUAAUUGAUAGUAAAAAUUUAAUUACGAAUAAAAAGAGGUUAAUAUUUGGAGCUGUUUUUAUUUUACUCAUAUUUUAUUUCAUUUUUUCAAGUGAUGAAGAGAAUUUUAGAGAGAGAUCUCAAAGAGGUGUUGGUGGUGUAGUUGGAGGUAAUAAUAAUAAUAAAGGUCAACAACCACAACAACAACAACAACAACAGAGAGCAGAAUGGAGUGAUAGUCAAUUAACUAAAACAAUUAAAGAGAAUAUGAAAUUAAAUAACGCAACCAUUGAAUCAGAUUUAUAUAAAGUUAAAUGGUUAGAUGAAAUUAGACCAGACAAUGAAAGAGUUAGAAAAUUUAGAAUUAAAAAGAACUCUGAUAUCACAGCUAAUCUUGAUAGGUUAUAUGAUCAUCCACCCAUUGCAAUUGUGACAUCAAAUAAACCAAAACAUUUAGAUCGUUUACUUGCAAAUCUAAUCAAUAAUUGUAAUGCAAACAUUGAUAGAAUUAAAGUUUUCAAUGAUGGUAAAUCAGUUCAAAAUAUAUUAUCAAAGUAUAAUGUAACCAAAGAGUAUCGUAUUUCAAAGAAAUCUCAAGAGGGUUCAAAUUCCAAUCAAGUGUUAUCAAAUGAAGAGAAACAAUACUAUAUGAAUUCACAUUAUAAAGAAAUCUUUUCAUUUAUGUUUAAUAAUGAAACCAGUGAUAAAGUUAUCUUUUUAGAAGAGGAUUUAAUUAUGUCACCAGAUUCAUUGGAGUAUUUUAAUCAUCUUUCAAAGUUGAUGAAUUAUGAUCCAAGCAUAUUUGGUAUUUCUGCAUGGAAUGAUAAUGGUUUCAAAUGGAAUGUUGAGCAAUCAAGAUCAAACUUUGAGAAUAAGUUCUCAUUCCUUCGUCAAGAUCAUUUCGGUGGACUUGGUUUCCUAAUCUCAAGAGAAAUCUAUAAAAAACGUAUUGAACCAAAUUGGCAAAUCGAAUCAACUACACCAUGGGAUGUUAUAGUUCAACAAUCAAUGCGUUCUGGUGAUUCUUGUAUUUUUCCAGAGAUUCCACGUUCGCAACAUGCUCCAUUAUUAGAACGAAACUAUGAUUCAAUCUUCAAAGAUCAACCAGAGAAAGAUGGUUGGGGUAAUUAUAAUUUCUAUCUUCCAAAGAUUACCACCAUUCAUACCUAUCAUAUGAAUCUUUCAAAAUAUCUCUCACCCGAAUACGAUCUUCAAGUAAAGAAACGUAUUAUGAGAGCCACCGAAGUUGAUACUUUAAAUUCAAUACCAAUGAUGUUCUCAACUUCAAAUAGAUUCGUUUAUUAUGUACCAGCAAAAUCAAAUGACGAUCCAAGAUGGGAUGCAGUUAUCGAUAAACUUCAAAUGGUUGGUAGAGGCAAUGGUGGCGCUGUUAGAGGUAUCUAUAAAGGUGUUAUUGAGACCACUUUCUUUGGCAAAAGAGUUUAUUUGGUUGGUACCUAUUCACCAUUCUAUAGUCAACAACAAAGAAAUAAAAGUCAACGUAUACUUUUCAAUGAUUUUCCAAAGGAAGAAUUUGAUCCAACCAUCACAAAUCCUUUAACAAGUACUAUGCUAUUUAGAACUGAUAAAGAUCUCUCAUUGGAUAUUACUUUGGCUGAAAAAGUUUUCUCUUGUAAAGACUUUUGUGAAAAACAUAAAGUAUCAUGUUUAGAAUCUGAUAUGAUGUUAUUAACUGAUAGUACUAUAGUUUUACUACAAUUGGAACAACAUUGUAGUCAAGUAAACUAUAUACCAAGUAAUAAUACCGAUACAUUUUAUCCAAUCAAAGAUAAAGAUGGCAUUUGUUGGACUACAAAUCAAUAUAGUAAAUUAAGUUGUACUUCAAAACCUCCAAAGAAAUCCGAAGCUUCAAGAAUUUGUAUUUGUAAAGAUAAAUCAUUUUAA